CGAAUGAUGGUUGAAUAAAAGCAUUGGAAAUGCUUUUUUUCAGUGUAAACAUUUUUCAUAUCAUAUUGAGUUGUGCUUUUUUGAAUAAUAAUAGAAUACGUGAAAUGUCUCACUGUAAGCCAUAUCUUGCCCGGUAUAUACAAGCACCUUAUAUUUAUGUAUAUUGAUAAUUUGAAUAAGUUUUGAGCUCGCCAGCACAGAUUUGAUGCAACAGUCGCUUAGAGCGAGUUGCUUAAAUUAAAAUGCUCAGCUAUUUAUCGUUGUUAUUACUGCAGUAUUUAUUGUGGUUUCCCGCUAAGAACGCUUGUGGUGAAACCCUUGAUUCAAGCACGUUUUCUGAUUGUAAUUGUGAUGUGCAGAUAGAUGUCGUUAAAACGUUGCUUCAAGAAUUGGAAGCUGUGCGAAAGCGAGAAGAUGAUAUUUUGACACAAAUAUCACUUAUUCAAACCAAAUUGCAAUCGAUUGACGAACAGCAUAGUGUUCGAAAAUCGGUGCCUUCAAAUUGUUUGGAGGCAGCAGCUGGAAGCUUGAAAAGUGGCGUUUACAAUGUAACAUUGCAGAAGUUUAGUGCCACGCCCUUUGCCGUGUAUUGCAAUGAAGAGACAGAUUAUGGUGGUUGGUUAGUUAUACAACGACGUGUUAGUGAUUCCGUGAACUUUUACAGAGAUUGGCGAGAGUAUAAGGAAGGAUUUGGUGUGCUAACUGAAAACUACUGGAUUGGAUUGGAAAAACUGCAUGCGUUCACCAGCAGUUGUCAACAUGAGCUGUAUAUUGAAUUAGAGAGGUUUAGUGGCGCCAGUUAUUAUGCACGCUAUUCGGAAUUUGUAGUCGGCAGUGAUUCGGAAGGUUAUUCACUAAAAGUAUUGGGUACUUACAUAGGAACUGCCGGCGAUAGUUUGAAAAUGCACGUGGGUAUGAAGUUCACUACCCGCGAUCGUGAUAACGACAAUGCCCCCGUAAAUAAUUGCGCUGUUGAUUACAAAGGCGCUUGGUGGUUUGCAAAGUGUUACAAUAGCCAUCUUAAUGGAGAAUAUGGACAAAAGAACCCAAGCGUGAAUUGGAACAGCAUCAAUCGGAAUGAAGCUUUGAAAUCGGUGCAAAUGAUGAUACGUCCCACAGAGAAAUGCAUAAGACGUAUGUCGCUGAAGACCACAUAAAAUAAUAAAAAUAUGCUAAUAUUAUUUGAUUUUAUAAUU